AUGGACAUCUCCCGGAUUAUCAAGCCCUGGAAACCCAACUCUCAAAGAAACUUGGUCUUUGUGAACGCAACCAUCGUUGACCCAGCCGAGGGCAAAUUGAUCCCAAAUGCUACAGUCCGAAUCGCAGAAGGCAAGAUCAUUCAGAUCGUGACAGACGGCUCAACUACCAUCAUAGAUGACGUCCCCGAAGAAAAUGUAAUCGAUCUCAGCGGAAAAUACCUGUGUCCCGGCCUGAUCGACUGCCAUGUCCAUAUCGCAGUCGUUCCCGGCGAAUCCAGUCUACAAGCCUAUAGUGACAUGAGCGAUGCAGUCAGUCUCCUGCGACAGCCAUACCUGCUCAAAUCCAUGCUGGACCGUGGCUUCACGACAAUCCGGGACUGUGGUGGUGCAGGCCUCGCGAUAAAAGAAGCCGUCGUGGACGGUGUGAUCCCGGGCCCUCGUGUCUUCAUUGCUGGACAUGCACUCUCCCAAACCGGUGGACACGGCGACCUGCGCGGGUCCCAUAACUCCCAGCAGUGCUGCGGCGGCUCCGUCUCCGGGAUCAGCAGGGUUGUCGACGGCCCAGCGGAGUGCUACAAGUAUGCGCGCGAGGAGCUGCGCCAGGGAGCGGAUUUUAUCAAAAUAAUGGGCGGUGGCGGUGUUGCCAGUCCCACGGACCGUAUUGAACAUGUGCAAUUCUCGGACGAAGAGAUCAAGGCUAUCGUCACCGUUGCGCGGAAUGCGGGCACAUACGUCACGAGUCAUAGCUACACACCGCAGGCGAUUCAGCAGGCUAUCAAGCUCGGAGUGCGCGGUAUCGAGCAUGGAAAUCUUGUUGAUCUCGAGACCGCGAAGAUGAUGGCUGAGAUGGAUGUUUUCUUGACCCCGACGCUCAUUACGCAUGUCAUGUUCCAGCAGAUGAAAUUCCUGUCUGAUGAUAGCGCUGCUAAGAAUGAGGAGGUUCUUAAGAAGGGAUUAGAGACACUGAAGAUGGCUGUCGAUGCGGGCGUGACCGUCUGCUUUGGAACUGAUCUUCUCGGUCCGAUGCAUUUUGCUCAGAGCAAGGAGUUCUCGGUGCGCAAUUCGGUUUUGACUCCGUUACAGAUUUUGCGCAGUGCUACUGUCAAUGCCGCUCGUCUUCUUAUGCAGGAAAAUAAGUUGGGUCAGGUCAAUGAGGGAUUUGCCGCAGAUCUAUUGAUCUUGAAGGAAAAUCCGUUGGAGGAUAUCACUAUUCUGGAUCAAGUCGAGGAUCACAUUCUGACUGUGAUCAAGGAUGGAAGGGUUGCCACUUCACGGUGGGACAAAGUCAAGGUAGAUGUUUAA